AAUAUGUUAGUGUUUAGGGAGAUUUCCAGCUGCAAUUAGUCAAAAGUGCUGUGUAGGAGAGAAGCUGGAGCUCUAACUAGCUGGCAGAAAGCUUUAGGACUGUGUUUAACUUGCUGUUUGCUAUAUAGUUAGCAAUGAGGUGGUGUAUUUUGAAACAAAGCGAUUUGUGCCAGUCAUCAUUGAUCAGCCUUUCCUACAAGCUUGAGCAGGUUUUAAGAAGAUAAUCAUAAAGAGGAAGCACUACCAGGAUCUCACCAAUUGCAAUUGAACUUUCUGAUGUACUGUUCUGUAUAAAAAAAAAAAGAAGAAACGGGUAAAGUAAAGAGGUAACUGUGUUCUGUGCUAUAUUUAGUCUUUCAUACAUACAGCAGUACGAUUUCUCUUUAAUACUGAACUUAGUGAGGUUAACCACUGGUGCUGGUACUUGUAACUGCACGGCUGCUACAUCUGCCAUCUACUGUUGCCUUUGUCUGUUAACAACAUCACGGACCAAACUAUAGAAAGAAAGAAAACUGGAGAGACUCGCACUUCAGGCCCCUUGUGUUUCUUGAUCUUGCUGCUAUACUUUGUGUAAACGGGGAAAAAAAAAUACAUCAUGAUUUUCAAAGAAGUCCACUCCAUUGUCUUGUUCCCUGUGCGUCUGUUCAUGUGGCUGUACACUGCCCUUACCUUUGUUCCAUGGUAUUUCCUUACCGAUGCCCAAAAGAAACAGACCAUGGCAAAGCGGAUAAAAGCCAAAGCCACGUCUAAUGAGACGGAAGGCCCAUAUCGUUCUGUGGACCACUUCGACUCACUUGCUGCGAUGACUUUCCCUGGCAUUGACACUUUGGACAAGCUGUUUAGACAUGCAGUGCAGAAGUUUGGAAAGGCUGAUUGUCUCGGGACCAGAGAGGUUCUGAGUGAGGAAAACGAGAAGCAGCCAUCUGGGAAAGUUUUUAAAAAGUUAAUUCUGGGUGAAUACAAGUGGCUUUCUUAUGAAGAUGUAGAUGCUCAAGUGAAGCACUUUGGUAGUGGGCUGGCUGCCCUAGGGCAGAAGCCAAAAUGCACCAUCGCCAUCUUCUGUGAGACUAGAGCAAAGUGGAUGAUAGCGGCUCAGGCUUGUAUCAGAUACAAUUUUCCAUUGGUCACUCUGUACGCCACACUAGGAGAAGAUGCAGUAGCAUAUGGUCUGAAUGAGUCUGGAGUCACCCACCUCAUUACUAGUACAGAGCUUCUGGAAGACAAACUUAAGUGUGUACUGUCGCAGCUGAAGAAUCUAAAGCACAUCAUCUGUGUGGAUAAAAAGACUAUCAGUAAAACGGGCUAUCCAAAGGAGGUGGAGAUUCACAGUAUGGAAUCUGUGCAGGAGCUGGGAGCCAAACCUGAGAACCUAAGUGUAGAACCUUGUCGACCUGUCUCCACGGAUCUUGCUGUCAUCAUGUAUACCAGUGGUUCCACUGGCCGUCCAAAAGGUGUCAUGAUCAUUCACAGUAACCUGAUAGCAGGGAUGACAGGACAGUGUGAGAGGAUACCAGGACUGGGCCCAAAAGACACCUACAUUGGUUAUCUGCCCCUAGCUCACGUGCUUGAAAUGACUGCUGAAAUGUCUUGUAUCACGUAUGGCUGCAGGAUAGGAUAUUCCUCUCCACAGACUCUGUCAGACCAGUCCACUAAAAUCAAGAAGGGAAGUAAAGGGGACUGCUCUGUCCUGAGACCAACCCUGAUGGCAGCUGUGCCGGAAAUAAUGGACAGGAUCUUUAAGAAUGUAAUGUGCAAAGUUCAGGAGAUGAAUUAUGUCCAGAGAACUCUUUUCAAACUAGGAUAUAACUACAAACUAGAACAGAUAACAAGGGGAUACGAUGCUCCACUCUGCAAUAUGCUGCUCUUUAAGAAAGUGAAGGCCUUGCUGGGUGGCAAUGUGCGGAUGAUGCUGUGUGGUGGGGCCCCUCUCUCUCCAGCCACUCAACGCUUCAUGAACGUCUGUUUCUGCUGCCCUGUGGGGCAAGGCUACGGGCUGACGGAGACGUGCGGAGCAGGAACCAUCACAGAAGUGGCAGACUACAGCACUGGGCGUGUAGGGGCUCCCCUCAUCUGCUGUGAAAUAAAACUGCAAGACUGGCUUGAGGGCGGCUACACCAAUAAAGACAAGCCCAACCCCCGUGGAGAGAUUGUGAUUGGAGGACCCAAUGUUACAAUGGGAUAUUUUAACAGUGAAAAAAUCAAUGAAGACUUCUUUGUGGAUGAGAACGGGCAGAGGUGGUUCUGUACAGGUGACAUUGGCGAGAUCAAUCCUGAUGGCUGCCUGCAAAUCAUCGAUCGUAAGAAAGACCUAGUGAAGCUACAAGCUGGAGAAUACGUGUCCCUGGGAAAAGUAGAAUCAGCUUUGAAGAACUGCUCACUCAUCGAUAAUAUCUGUGUAUAUGCAAACAGUGAACAGAAUUAUGUAAUAAGCUUUGUGGUGCCAAACCAAAAGAAACUGACCUGCCUCGCUGUCAAAAAAAACAUUGAAGGAUCAUGGGAGGAGCUCUGUAACAAUCCAGUCCUGGAGGGCGAAGUGCUGAAGGAGAUUAAAGAAGUAGCAACUUCAAUAAAACUUCAGGGUUUUGAAAUCCCAGUAAAGGUUCGAUUGAGCCCAGAACCCUGGACCCCGGAGACAGGUUUGGUAACGGACGCCUUCAAGUUGAAGCGAAAAGAGCUGAAGAACCAUUACCUCAGUGAUAUUGACAGAAUGUAUGGGGGGAAAUAGAGCUGCCCUCUUGGGGAAGGGAAUGGGCUGGACUGUGGCUAAAGUUCUGGUUAAAAAAACUAGCAAAAGUGAUUACCCUUAAACUCUGAAUGAUUCAUUGAAACACUGCGACCUGGUGGCAUUUUCAUUCUGAAAUUAAAUACUUAAAUGUUACUUACAGAGCCAUCUGGAUUGAAAAGGGCCCUGUGUCAAUUCACCCUAGGUACAAAACACAUUUAUUGUAAGACAAGUUCAGUUGGGUGGCCUAAUGUGUUUUCAUAGUGCAAUUCUUAAUGUGAUCGUCCUUUUAAAUGUAAAACACAAAAUGGUCCGAGUCAAGGGAAAGACAACUGUUUUAAACUGUUCUCUCUGUUGGGUUUGAUUCGUUGUGGGGAAGGGGAUGGUGAUACUAUUUUAAAACUGCCAUUCAUUUUCUAUGUUAUCUGACAUUUUGUAACUGAAGUAAUUGAACUCUUGAAUACUGUUGUAUAUGAAUCUUCUGUACAUUUUGCAAAUAUGUUUCAGCGUGUAAAAGGAGUAGGUAUUCCAAUAGCUGAUCCAUAGAGAGUCAUUAUUUAAUUGACCAAAACAUUUCAAUGUAGUGAUUGGUGUGGAGCUGGGUGUUGGGAGAUUCUUGGCAAGCUUAAACGAUCCUGAUGUAUUGUAACAUACCAGGCCUGCUUUUACGAAAAAAAAAAAAAAAAAAAAAAAACUUUUGUUAAUACAUUACAAUUCCUCUCACCAAAGACACCGUAGCUUUGAGCGCUCAUAUACCAGACUUGAAAAUGUAGCAUUGCUUUAACAGUGCUUAUUCACAUUAGUGCGAAUCAAAAGUUAUCACAAUUUAAUAUAUAUUAUUUUGAGUGUCAUGCUUUAUUUCACCAGUAGUUCCUAGAAAUUAAAUAAAUUGGUUUUGUGGGUGUGACUAUUUAUUUAUUUAUGCGCAUUUAUUUAGAUAUAUUACCGCACUUAAGGAACCAGUACAGUUGAUAUAUGUUGCACAUUUUUUUCUAACUAUAUAUUGCAUUUGUUAUAUAACUAGAAAAAAAAAACUAUUGGUGAAGCUUAUUAGUGUCCAGUCUUAAUAUUGCAUCACUCAAAUUGAAACUUCAGAGGUUGUCGUUUUCAAUGUCGAUAUUUGUAGUACCUUUUUUUUUUUUUUUUUUUUUUUUUUACAAACUGUGUGUUUAGAAACAGAUACAGCAAAAUGAGGUGAAUUCUGACAAAACAGUAAGUUCAGUUGCAAAGUUCUGUUUAAAAUAAACUGAGAAAUGCUGAAGAGACUAUCGGUGAUGGCAUUUUUCUGGACAUCUGGGUGCUUUUUGUGUCAGAUACGCUUACAAUCAUGGCAUCUGUAUUGUGUUGAGCACUGGCCCUUUCAAUCAGUGACUAAUUACGCUCUUCUGGUCAAUAUAAUCUUACUGAAGAAAUUGAAAGCCAAGAAAAUGGCACGUUAUUAUCUCUUAAUGAAUCCGCAGUAUUAUCACUGCCCUCCCUUCUGAUGCGCUAACAAUCUGGUUAUUCAGAGUUCAAGAAAAAUACAGUACUAUGAUAUUCCUAAUUCCAGAUCAUUGUAUUUGGAGUUAAUCAAAGCACAGGAAAUGAAUAUAUUGUGUUUUGUAAAGAUGCAUCGCUGCAUUAAAAUAAAACAAACAAGGGAAGAAUCAAUAGAUCUUCAGUAAUACUGUAAGAAACUUCAUAAAUUCAAUGAAAGUCUUUCUCAGUCUUCAAUGAUUAUGCUGGUAGUGCAAAUAAGAUGAAUGUUAAAGUAUUUAUCUCCCCUUUUUUAAGAUUACUUAAUUUCUUAAAAACAGAUUUAAGCCAAGAUAGAAAUCUUCCAGCCCUCACUGUGUGCUAUCCCUACAUUGUACAUUGUGUAAAACACUAUUGCCGAAUAUACUGUAUUAAUGUAUUUGUAAUUGCAGGUUUAGUUAACCAACUCUAUAUUUGAAAGUUAUUUUCUACAUUGAAAAACAGUACAGCUGGGUUAUAUUUAUGCUGUUUUUAUGUGUGUGGGUGUGUCUGCGUGUUAGUGUUUUGUGUUUUGCUAUGCAUUGCUCAAACUUUCAAAAGCACCAUUUGUUCCUGCCAGUAGUACAUCUGUCCGUAUGUUCAUAAAAACCUGCUUGUAUAUAAGCUAUUGCUUUCUUCGGCACAGCUGGUUUAAAUAGCACACACCAUUGUUACAUUUAAAACCCAAUCUAUCAAAGCUAGCUUCUAUAGUUUAUUUUUAUUAUAAAGAAUGUAUUUUGGAGCAAUGGAAUAUGAACAAUUCAGUUUUCAACAAAUCUUUUACAGUACAAUGCACCGCUUUAUUGAAACGAUUUACUGAUCAAUAUAUUAAUUUUUAUAUACUGAUCAAUGUAUUAUUUUGGCUCUUCAAAAUUACAAAAACAAAUUCCUGCAUCCUCCUGCAGAGUUUCUCAUCGUUUGGGCAAUGAAUUUAAUGAAAUGCAUUUAAUGUUGAAAGUUUGUAUGGAACAGCCUGAUUUUACUUGAUAUUUAGAGGAUACAGAAGUAGUAAAAUAUUUCUAAUAAACUGAUAGUACAGAACAUUACAGAACUUUUUAUAAUGAAUAUGUUAAUUGAUGGUCUGUUUUAUGUUUGGAUAAUACUAUGUGAACGGGUUGCACAAGGGAAAAACAGACCGAAAGUUCAAACUCUUCAGUGGUUAUUAACAUUACAGCCGGGUUAAAAAAAAAAAAAAAGUUUGUAUUUUCCCAUUUUGUGUAUAAUAUUCUGCUUUAUGCUACAAUUUAACACAAGUACACUGAUGUUGUGGAUCUCUGUUUUUUAUUGGAGUCCUAGUGUAGUGCACAGUAAUAGCUAUUUUCAUCAAACACAUUUUUAUGAACAUGAAAUGUAACUGAAGCAAUGUCACAUGUUUUACAUGGGUAACAGUUCUGAGAGAGAUGUAUUUUUUAUAAUUUAUUUAAAAAGUUGUACAACACUUGAAACAAAUGUAACUUGUGUGUAUCUUGUAGUAAAAUGCAUACAUUAACAAAACAGUGAAUAGCUUUUAUAUUUGUCACAUCCGGCUGGUGUACAAAAUUCAUGUUGUGUGAUCAGAUUUUGGAAUUGUACAUUUAUGAGCCUUUAUAUUUUUUACUUAUUUUUUUUUUUUUUUUAUAAAUACCCUUCUUCUUUGUCAGUUAAUUAAUUCCAUAUAAAUUCAGAAUGAAGAAUCUAUUUAAGUGCCCAAUGCAAUAAGUACUGUGGGAUACACCUUAAAGUGUACCCUACAGUAUUGAAAGAAACACGUGCAUUUUAAAAGAAAUGUGUGUAUUUUAAUUUUGGUGGUAUCUUCUGGUACUACUUUAGGUUGAAGGGAAAUCUCAGUUUAUAUGCCUUUGUCUUGGGUUAUCUGUUUGCACUUGUAUUUCCUGGAUCAUUUCAGCUCAGCAGUGUCUUCUGACUAAAAGCAUGCCAGUCUAUUGGAGAAGCCAGUGAAGGAUUGGAGACAAUCUCACUCUCCAGGUGAAAUGACUUCAUGUCUUUCAAACAGAGUUUCCUUUAAUCUAGUGUAGGACAGGAUACCGUGUUUUAAAAUGCAAUAACAUGUUUGCUAUAACGUGUUUCUUUCAAAACUCCACAUUGAGACCUAUAAAAUUAUUGCAUAUAACGAAGAAAUGGGAAAUAUUUUGUUUGCUUUAAUAACUUUAAAUAUGGACUGACUACUGAUAUGUAAUGCAACCAGGCUUGUUCAAGGGGACAGUCUCGGAAUAAACUCAGUUUGUUUAUAUAAUUGCAA